CUCAACAUUAAAUAUUGAGUCAGGACUCGGCGUGGGGCGGACAACAUAUUCCCGGAAGAGCCAUAAAUCUGCAUUUCAGCUGAGCGGGUGUAGCGUGAAGGGCCGCUCCAGGAUUAACGGGAUUAUUGAUGAAGUGAAUACUGGCGUACUGCGCGUGGCCCUGAUUAAUGGCUAGGCUUCCGGUCAACUGCGGUAUUAUAAUAAGCACAGGUCAAAUAUGUACGUCGGUGUGGUGGUACGAUUGAAGAUAUGUACUUAGGUAUACUGUGAGACACAACUAUGACAGUGUAUGGUUUACCCCGAGAGUGUUGGACAGGUGCGAGUUCAACAGGUGGCAUUGAAGAUGUAUGACGUUUAUUUAUAAGGUGAUGCUAUGACAUGACGUAAUUGACAAAGAUUGUGAUGUCAUCAGGGAUACCUUAGAAACAUUUAUUUAAAAUGGCCAAACGUCCAAAGAAAAUAGUGUAUGGCGACCAGAUUCAGAGAUCAGAAUACAACGAUGGCGUCCUUAGAAACAACAAUCGAGCAAAUAAUAGACUAUCUCGCGAAAUGUUAAUGUACGAGAAAGCGCAAAAGGUCAUACUAAAAGACCUUGGAAAAGAAACACAGUUGUUGCGUUCAAAAUUAAGCAUGUCGACAAUAGCGUCGCCACGUCUUGCGUUCGCUAAGAACACAACUACUGACAUUGCGCCUUUUACAAUAUAUGGUAUGUCAGCGAACCCUAAAAGCAAAAAAGAACCCGCGCGGAAGGUUACACUGAAGCCAAUUUACCCUUCUGUCGUAGAAGGAAGUGCAACUCCCCGGGCAAGUUUUAACCCACGGACAAGCUUCGUAAACCCUAGGAAUCACGUGGUAGUGAGUUCAAGCUCACGGAACGGACUAGCGGAUUCUAGAGUAGAGAAAGUGAAUUCCAGGAAUGGUUUGUUAGAUUCACGAAAUAACAUAUUAGACUCGCGAAACGAACUCGUUGACGGAUCAGUAAGUGCUAGAAGUGGUGCGCUUGAACCACGGAUAAGUUCAAGAACAAACAUGAACAAUUCUCGAAACAGCGCAGUUCAGUUAAAUGCACUUACUACUUCGCCUGGUAAAUUGACAUCUUCAAAAUCAAGAAGAGCAAUGAAAUCUGGUAAAACUGGAGUUUCUAAUCAAGAAAGCGAAAGUGAGUUUUCAACAGUGGAAGCUCGAGGGGGAAGAGCAAGUGUCGUUUCCGACAUUAAGAGUCGACAAGCUCCUUCUCGGUUAAGUUUUAUUGAUAUACUUGCAGAGGCGGAAGAACGAAAGGCAAAGGAAGCGAAACUUGAAUUAGAGGCUAACUCGAGUACAACGACAAUGCUUCGUCCGAAAACACCAAUUCUGACAAUUGAUGGUGACGUCACAGCGUCACCUGAUGAUGUUAAUGAGGAAUACAAAUCGAGCCGCCGAGGAAGCCACAUUGGGGCGACGCCUAAAGCCACGGCAGUGACGGUUAAGCAGAAAUGAGAGGGAAUUUGUGUAAUGGAGGGAGGAAAACAAUAGAGAAUGGAAUGUGUCGGUCCAUUUGGUGAUUACUUUGACUACAGCUAAAUUUUGUACUGUUCUCAGAGUUAUACUUACAAAUGUAAUUUAUUGAUUUUGAUUUAAAAUGAUGCAUCAAUUUUGAUCGUCAGAGAUUGAAUUUACAGGUCUAACACAAUAUUAUAUGUGAAAACAUAUACGUCUGUGAACGACAACAGGUAAGACAUCUGUUAUGUAUGGCGGUGUUGCUUUAUAAAGACUUAUUCCCGUGAAUGUGUGAAAUUUUUAAGAGGUUGAUUUGGCAAUUAUUAUUUCUUUAUUUCCUCCAAAUUGAAGAGUUACAAAAAUAUACAGUGUAGUCAAAAUACAAAUCAAAUAUUAUAAAUUGAUACUUAAAUGCACAUAAAUACAUCAGUUAACUACAGAGAUGAAAUCUGUAUGAUUUUUGGCUUUUCCGAGAGGUCCCGAAUAGGACAAUGCAGGGAAACUCGAUAGCGUGAGGGAAACUUGCUGUACAUAAAAACGUCACGUGAUCAAUAUACAAUGUAAUCCAAUCAUCUUGAUUAGUUAAAGAAAUAACAUGCCACACACAUAUAUAUAUAGAUAUAUUACAUAAAUGACGUCAUAUGAAAAACUAAUUAUCAACUUGUGCUAAUGCACGUCUUUAAGAUAUAUAACAAACCACACGUUUGGUGUUAUUUAGUUCGCGAUAUGUAUCACACUGUUAUGUUGUUAUUUUCAAAAUAUUUAAAUAUGAGAAUGACAUGGUUUGUGAAUAAAUAUACACAUAACUAAAAAGGAAUUUGGGUCGAUUUAAAUAGUUAUCUCCCUCACAUAAUGUUUAUUCCUAAACAGAUUCAAACUUCACACGUGCUUGCCGACUUCUACUUUGAAGAAUCUAAAAUAGAAACCCAUUAAAACUGUGUAAAUUUGC